CCCCUUACUUCCGGCAGAAGAACGCGAACUUGUACACAUCGCACUUUAUUUACAUUUUUCAAAACCUACACUGGUAAAAUGCCGUAUGCAAAUCAGCCUACUGUAACUAUUACUGAGCUUACAGAAGAAAAUAUAAAGUAUAUUAUUGAAGAUACAGAUCUUAGUGUUGCAAAUGCUGUACGAAGAGUAUGCAUUGCAGAAGUCCCUACAAUAGCUAUUGACUGGGUACAGUUUGAAGCAAACUCUUCUGUGCUGUUUGAUGAGUUUAUUUCUCAUCGACUUGGACUUAUCCCAUUGACAAGUGAUGAAGUUGUUGACAAAAUGCAGUAUGCAAGAGAUUGCACUUGUGAGGAGUUCUGUGCAGAGUGUUCAGUUGAGUUCACACUUGAUGUGAGAUGCUCAGAUGACCAGACCCGUCAUGUCACAAGUGCAGACCUCAUCUCAAGUAAUCCCAAAGUCAUUCCAGUUACAUCACGAAGGCACCAAGAAGCCAGUGAAUAUGAAGAUGCAGAUGAUAUCCUUAUAUGCAAAUUGAGAAAAGGUCAAGAGCUGAAAAUUCGAGCUUUUGCCAGGAAAGGUUUUGCUAAAGAGCAUGCUAAAUGGAAUCCAACAACUGGUGUCCCAUUUGAGUAUGAUCCAGACAAUGCUUUUCGACACACCACAUAUCCCAAACCAGAGGAGUGGCCAAGAAGUGAAUUCUCUGAGCUUGAUCCGGAAAGUGAUCAAUAUGAGGCGCCGUAUGAUCCUAAUGGGAAACCAAACAAAUUUUUCUUCAACAUUGAAUCUUGUGGAUCUCUUAAACCUGAAAGUAUUAUAUUCUCAGCACUUAGUGUCUUGAAAAAGAAAUUGAGUGAUCUGCAAACAAAUCUCAGCAUUGAGAUUCAAAAUGAUGUUCUCACUAUUAGUUGAUUUCAUGAUCCGUUAUGGUCUAAACUGUAUGUGUAUUCUUUACAUGUCAGCAAGGACAAAAAGACAGUGAACACCAUUUACCACAGUUUCAUAUUGACCUUUGAUGGCAGUUUAAUUGAUGAACAAUAAAUUUGAAAGAUUUU